AUGUCGUCGCGGGCGCGCCAGCUGCACCAAAUGAAUGUAAUCGCGGGAUUUCUGUUUUUGUCCUUUGCUCUGCUGGCGUGGGGGGGGAGCUCCUCUUCCGGCCGCGACCAAGACCUGGAGGGGCCGAAUGCUGACAUCACUUUUGACAUGAUAGUCCACAAAGACGGGUCGGUCGAGUGCAUAGACGGCUGCGAUGAGCGUGGUAAACUGGCUGCCGAAUUCGUGAGGGGACUGCUGAAGACCGGGUCUUUGCCUUGUUCUGAGGAAGAUCUGGCGUCUGGUACUUGUCUGAUUACUGAGGAGGGGGAGGCGGAAACAGAAUCACCGUCAGUUGAGACUGUUCCGAAACCAAGUGAACCGCAAUCAACUGAAGGAGAGGGCGGUACUCCCUCUGCGUCGAAGGUGGCAGUCACUGAACCCCCCUCUAAUGAGACAAAGACAGACACUGAAACUCCCACUCCCUCUGCAUCGAAGGUGGCAGUCACUAAACCCCCCUCUAACGAGACAGAGAAAGACACAGACAUUCCCUCCCAGAUGAAGUGGGCAGUCACUGAACCCCCCUCUAACGAGACACAGACAGACACUGAAACUCUCUCCCCAGUAAAGGAGGCAGUCACUAAAUGCCCCUCUAACGAGACAGAGACAGACACUGAAACUCUCUCCCCAGUAAAGGUGGCAGUCACUGAUGAAUGCCCCUCUAACGAGACAGAGACAGACACUGAAACUCUCUCCCCAAUAAAGGUGGCAGUCACUGAUGAAUGCCCCUUUAACGAGACAGAGACAGACACUGAAUCCCCCGAGGAAAAGGAGACAGACACUGAAUCCCCCGAGGAAAAGGAGGCAGACACUGAAAUCCCCGAGAAAAGGAGCAGACACUGGAUCCCCCGAGGAAAGGAGGAAAAGGAGGCAGACACUGGAUCCCCCGAGGAAAAGGAGACAGACACUGGAUCCCCCGAGGAAAAGGAGACAGACACUGGAUCCCCCGAGGAAAAGGAGACGCAGGCGGCAAGUGCGACUGGAACAGGGCGGAAGCUGCGCUCCGGAGCUAGGCCGCCCCGCGCGCAAGGAACGCCACUGUGGAAGGGAGACGGCUUAUUCUUCGUCGAGGUCGAACCGAAGAAGAAAGGUGGAGAUGUCCCGGUUGAUGAUGAGGAUCCCGCGGAAAUUGAGAACGAAUCUGAGGACGAAUCUGUGUGGUUCGACGACGAUGUCCAGCCCGACGACGACCCCCAGGCUUUCGACGACCAGCAGGAGGUCAGCGAGGACAGGUGGGCGUUGUCCUGGGGUGUCGCUGACGUGAGGUAUGACGACCUCUCCGACAGCGACUGGGACGAGGGCGAAGACCGCUGGGAACCUCAGCCGUCCUUAGCGAUCACAGAUGACACGGAUGGGGAUGACAACACUGACUUCGAGAUCGACCCUCGUCUUGAGUCUGACGUCGAAUCAGGGGACGGCUAUGACUCCUAG